AUGGAAAUGAAUCUCUUGAAACUUAAAACAAUUAAAAAAAAAAUCGUACUCAUAGGAGGAGAUAAAAAAGACCAAACAGCGAAGACUCACAAAGCUCAAGAAGAGAAAAUAAGAACGAGGUUGGGGCGGAGGCACGGACGAGAAGAGAAAGAGAGAGAAACAGAGAAAGACAGAGAGAGAGAGAGAGGAGUGAAAAGAGAAAGAAAAGCGUGCACGGUGACGGUCAGCGAGCGCGAGAGCGUCGCUCUUGGACUCCAAGGCGCCCUUCUUGCCGCCCUUCAGAGAGUCGCUCUGCUACCACCUGGACAUGCCGCUGCCGCCGCCUUGAAUCUCCAAGCGUUGGAGACUUACUUGACCCUUCAUCGCCUCCACGCGAGUAGCACGGCGUCGAGUGUCGGCCAGUCGUCUGGUUCCAGUACGGGAUUGGGCAAUCAAAGGUGUUCGCCGGUCAACACAGGGUUGGAGACCUCGUUGACUACCACCACACCGAUCAAGAGCGAUCACCUGGGAGCCGCGGAGAGGUUGUUGCAGUCCUCGGGGGACGACGAGGACGAGGCACGGCUGGACUUUAUCGGGGAUCCUGACGAAGAUCUGGCCCUGUUGGAGGAGCAGGAGGCGUUGCUGAGAGACACAUCCGUGGCUGCGUCCUCGUCAACCGAUCACGAGGCCCUGUUGCGACGGAUAUCAUCGGAUGGGAAUCGCGCCGGCUCGAGUUCCGUGACACACACAGCAGCCUCCACGUCCCUGUCCCAGAUCGCAGCUUCCUCCUUCACGUCCCCGCAAUCGUCGUCCGCUUGCUCCUCGUCCUCCUCGUCCUCGUUGUCCUCGUCCUCGUUGUCCUCCUCGUCGCCGUUGCAGGCCACCUCCACCUCCGCCGAGUCGGGGAUACCGAGGACGUGCAGGGCGUCCAGGCCCAAAAAGCAGUUCAUCUGCAAGUUCUGUAGCCGCCAGUUCACCAAGAGCUAUAAUUUGCUGAUACACGAGAGAACGCACACCGACGAGCGGCCGUACUCGUGCGACAUUUGCGGAAAAGCCUUCCGACGGCAGGAUCACUUGAGGGACCACAGGUACAUCCACAGCAAGGAAAAACCGUUCAAAUGCGCCGAGUGUGGAAAAGGAUUCUGUCAGAGCAGGACACUGGCCGUGCACAAGAUCCUGCACAUGGAGGAAUCGCCCCAUAAAUGUCCCGUGUGCGCAAGGAGUUUCAACCAGAGAAGCAACCUGAAGACCCAUCUUCUCACGCACACGGACAUCAAACCUUACCACUGCGCCUCCUGCGGCAAGGUGUUCCGCAGGAAUUGCGACCUGAGGAGGCACUCAUUGACUCACAAUUUGGGUGUAUCGACGUCCCCUCCACCACCAGGGAUACCUGUGCCUGGUACAGGGGCUGUAGUGCUGGAGGGCAAAGGAAUAGAAGAAGAAGAAGAAGAAGAAGAACAAGAAGAAGAAACGCGUGUAUCGUGUUACAAAGAACGAGGCCGCCAGGUGCGCGGGACAUGA